AUGCUGGUCGUGCGUCUUCCGGCGCAAGGCGAGGCGCCUGCGCGUACUGCGGGCCCGUCACAAGCGCACAAAGCGGAAAAGACGCACACAGAGAAGAAUUUGACAUGCGAGCCACCGCCGGAUAUUCAUCUGCCGGCGUAUGCGCGCGUGUCGCACGAGGUCGAGCUCGACCUGGGGCGUGCGGGCAUCUCGGUCUCGUCGCCUGCGAAUAUCCCCGACUUUCGCUCGGCGUCCGGGCUGUUUACCAAGCUCAAGGAGCGGUAUCCUGAUGCAGGCCUCUCGAGUGGCAAGGACUUGUUUGACGCACGUUUGUUUAAUUCGGAAAGUUCUACCGCGCUCUUCUAUACCAUGAUGGCCGAGCUCAAGGAUAUGGCCGAUGCCGCGCAGCCGACGCUCUUCCACCGCCUGCUAAAGCGCCUUGACGAGGAAGGGCGCCUGCAGCGCGUCUAUACGCAAAACAUCGACGGGCUCGAGGCCAAGGCAGGGCUCAGCUUUGGGUUCCACGACGAGGAUCACGAGGCAGAGGCGGCCGGGAAGCGGAAACGCAUGCCGCAGCGCAGCAAGGCGUUUGCACGCUCACAGUCCGACUCGGUCCUUAUGGGCGUCUCAGGCACGCAGGAAAAGGUCAAGCCUCUGUUUCCGCGUGCGAUCCCUCUGCACGGCAGCCUCUCGACGCUGAGCUGCGCGCUGUGCUCUUAUACGCUGCCGCUUGGUACUGAGACGCAAAAGGCGCAGACUGCGCUGGAGCAGAUGCGCGCCGGCCUGCCGGUGUGGUGCGAGCAGUGCGAGGCAGCGGACGAUCUGCGCACCGCGGCCGGCCUGCGGUCACGGGGCGUGGGCCGCAUGAAGGUCGAUGUGGUCUUGUACAAUGGCGAAAACGACACGGCGGAGCGCGUCGGAGCGUGCGUCGAGCGCGAUCUCCUGGGCCUGCGCGAUCCCAAUGAGCCCAUGGUGCCCGAGACGCCCUCGGAAGAGCGCGCGCGUGUCCGGAGAGAGCAGGCUAUGGCACUGCGUACGCAGAGUCUCGCGGCUCCGGUGCAGCCCGCGCUCAAGGAGGAAGACGAAGAGGUGGGCGACCUCUCCAUGAACGCCGACGAGCUCAGUGCGGACUCGGUACUGGGCGGAGCCUUUUUCGACGAUGCGCCGAGUGCCGAGGCGCCCAAGGACGAGAAAGCAAGCCCUGCGCCGCAGCCCUCCGUGGAUGCGCCGCCGAAGCCCGAGCCCGCGGCGCAGGCUCCGCCGCCCGUGGUGCAAAAGCCGAAAACGCGCCUGAAGCCAUUGCCGCCGGACCUGCUCAUUGUCGCGGGUACGAGUCUCAAGGUCCCCGGCACGAAACGUAUCGUGCGCGAGUUUGCCAAGGCGUGCCGUGCGCGCGAUGGCGCUGCCGACGACAGCGUCACGUCGCCGAUCCGUACCGUCUAUCUGAACUACGACUUCCCCGCGGCCGCGCGCGAGUGGAGCGGGACGUUUGACGUGUGGAUCCAAGGCGACGUCCAGCAAGCGGCGCUUGGCCUGUGCGCGCCUUGCGACGCAUCUAAAGACCCGCUGGAAGCACACAGGGCGCGCCAUUCCUGGCACACGCACACGCACCACGUCGAGGCAGCGACGCAGGCCAAGAAAGCCGCGGAUCGUGCCGCGGCACGCAUGCAGCGCACCCGGAGCCAUUCCUCCUCCACCGCACCCUCCGCGCGCCCGCUCUCCCGCUCGCAGUCGGAGAACGCGCAGCCGGCGCUGCGCUUCGCCUCGCACAAGCUGAGCACCGCGCGCCGCGCCGGCAAGCCCCGCCGCUAG